AUGGCCAAGCACGCUCCAGUGACUCUAGGUGUCCUGGGACGAUAUUAUUCGGCCCGGCAUACCUUGGGGCAAUACCGCUCAGCAUGCGUAACGGCAACGUAUAACGUAUCGCUUCCUAAUGACUCACUGCUGCAUGAGUUUGAGAAUGCACUCGAGCAUGCUCUGCAAGCCACCAUUCGACAGCAUGCAGGUCUACAGUAUGGCAUUUCCGACGACAAAGAAGCUGGUGUUCCGCUGUUCAAGCAAAUCAGCACAUUCGACCGCCAGGACAUUUUAGAAGUCAUUGACAGCCAGUAUGUCAAAGCUCACGAUCAAGAGGCCACGGAUGUAAAUGACCAUGGUCUAUCAAAAUCACUUCAAAAUGGCCAUUCAGAGCUCUGGCCCGAGAAUAAGCCAGCAUGGAAGGUUGUUGUUAUUAAGCACCCUAGCGACUUUAUAUCUGGUGUUCUCCUUAGGUUGCACAUUGCCUUCUUUGCACACCACGCGAUCGCCGAUGGGUUAAGCGGUGUUGCUUUUCAUGCAUCAUUAAUGAACAAUCUCAAGCUCGACACACCCACGCCUACACUUUGGCCCCUUGAGCUAAACGAGGUCCAAGAUUCUCCGCCGACAAUCGAAGAACGCGUGGAUUGCCUCUCGUGCAACUACGCUAUCUGCACAACUGCAGACAAAUCUGAUGAACCAGUUUGGGGAGGAGGUCCUAUACCUGCGGCGCCGACGGUUGACUACGAGUCUCGCGUUCGAAUAGUGACAGUCCCAGCGGCACCAUUUUCUAGCCUCCUCAAGAAGUGCAAGCAGGCCAACAUCACAGUCACCGGACUUCUCCAUGCAAUCAUCUGCUCCUCGCUAAAUAAUUCUGUUGAGGAAGGUAUUCCCGGAUUUCGAGCCGUUACGCCCUUUUCAGCACGACGACAUACUGGAGCCUCUGAUGGAGACAUUGUGAAUCACAUCUCUUACCUGACGAGUUAUGUAUCUCGAGAAGAGUUGCAGAAGAUCAAAACCUACAAGCAAGGCUCUAUCACUGGGGAGGAACGCGUCAUAGACCUUGCGCACCAGUUCAGCAACGAAGUAGCAACCAAGGCCAAGGAGUUCCCGCACGGCAGUAUGGCUACGAAACUGAGCCAAGUCCGCGAUAUCAUACAAGAAUGUCAAAGCCAAGGCGGUACGCAAAGGCGAUAUACGUAUGAACUGUCGAAUCUGGGGUUGGUUUCAAGCAUAUCUCCGCCAGAAGGGAGUGGUAUCAAGCUUGACAGAUUGAUCUUCACACAAUGUGGGUUUGUUGCUGGUCCUGCACUGGGGUUCAACUGUGUCAGCACCAGAGGAGGGAAUUUCACUAUUAGCAUUACAUGGCAGAGUGGCAUUGUUGCAGAAUCUGUUGUGGAAAACGUUGUCCAAGAGCUAGAAUCACGGCUUGGCAGUUUUUAG